UGUACAGCUUAAUUGCUUAUUUCUCCAGACUCUUAUGUAUUUUUUUUUUCCCUCAAAUUAUAUAAGAAUUCGCUCCUCAAGCUACUCAGUGCGUUGUGUUGAUUCCUCAACCUGAUCACUGGCCAUCGAGCUUCAGACAAUCUUAAGAGUAAUCUUCUUCGUAUCAAUCGAGCGUGUCUCGGUAACGUAAUCACGUAUCUCAAUAAAUCUAACUCGGAAGCGGCCGAGUUCAAACCGUUGCUGAGUGAUUUCACUUUCCGCCCAAACUCGCUGGCUGCAUACUCCUCCAGCUCUCAUGUCCACCUGGUGUCAGGAUCCGAACCCCAACCCGAAGUCUCCCAAACGAGACCCGAGCAGACCCGGAAAAUCCCUAUCCGCCGAGCUGCCAUCCGAUCCGCUGCUCAGACCCGGCUCCUACAUCGACUCAACUGCCACUGGGCGUGACGGGACUGCUUCGAUGCUUGGUAUGCGCGGCUCGUCCGAUAGCUCGUCGCCUUCUUUAGCCUCGAAGACUUCUAACGGUGUGGCCACGCCGUUUCCGGAGAGCACGGAAUCUCCGGCGGGAGCUCAGCAGCGUCGGGGGGCGGCGGCGGCGCUACCGGACUGGUUGCCGCCUGGUUGGAAAAUCGAAGACAGAGCUCGGAUCUCUGGUGCCUCAGCUGGAAUGAUAGAUAGGUACUUUCUUGAUCCAGUUUCAGGCCAUCGAUUCCGAUCAAAGAAAGAGGUUUUUUUCUUCUUAGAAACCGGAACCAAACGGAAAAGGGGGAAAGUAAUGGAGAACUCUGAUGCUGAUAAAUUGGGUUCUGAGGGCCAGAAACCAAAGAAGUCUGGCAUGAAGUCGAAGAGUUCUGCUUCAAAAUUUGAUUUUUCUAACGUGCCUGAGAAGGUCGAAUGGGUUCUCACAGAUGCCGCCCAAGGAUCCUGGGCUCCUUUUAUUGGUGAUGAAAAGGUGUCAGAAUCUACUAUGCAAGAGUGGUCCGCUGCAUUUACAGCCGUCGCCUCCAGAGACAAUGAUCAGAGAAAGUCUUGAAGGCAUUUCCAAACUGCCCAUUGUUUCAUUGGGAGUGUGAUCUCUACUGACCCUUACAGGUCUUAUUUUUUGCCCCCUCUUUCUUUUCCUUACUUGAAGCUCUUUUAGGUGUUAAUUUUAACGUCAUUUUGAUUUGGCAGCCUUCAAUUGAAUUGCCAUUUGACAUUUCUUGUUUUAGGUUGUUGAAUGUUCUAAUUAUAUUUUGGUUGCUAUU